AUGCCGAAGCGCACAUCUCUACACUUUGGCAAAUCCGCUUCUCCCAAUCACUCCACAAACGCCGUCAAUGAAGUCGUCUCGGCGGUGCAGAGGAAGCUGACAAUCUCUUCCACUGAGGAGGUCCCAUCCGUCAAGUCUUCUCCGCGGAGACCCUCCUUCAGUAUGAAUGCCAUGUUACACGCUGGCAAAGACAAGGAGCACUUGCAUCAUGGCGACAGCAACGAUCGCGAGGCACGGAAGCACAAGCGCAACUCCUUGACAAGUGGUCUGCGGACGAGUUCCAGGUCAAAAGACACUCUCGCCAAUCAAUCACCGCGUCUAGCAGCCAUCUCUCCGGGCAAAUUUGAUCUGAUCAUUGAGUCUCCUCCUCUGGUCUUUUACGGCACAACACAAAGCUCGUCAGGCGCACUUCUCUCGGGCCGUCUGAGAUUACAUGUCACAGACCCUUUAGCAGAAAUCAAGCUCACAAACCUCGUCAUGACCCUGAACGCAGCCAUAACCACUAAAAAGCCCGUCGUAAAAGACUGUCCCGAAUGCGCAAAACGUGUCAACGACCUCAAGACUUGGAAAUUUCUCUCCGAGCCUAUGACCUAUCAUGCCAACAAAAGCAACCAGUUCCCUUUCUCCUUCCUCCUCCCGGGCCAUCUCCCUGCAACCACAAAUUCCGCGUUGGGGUCCGUCACUUACUACCUCGAAGCUCAUGCCACAACCUCCCACUCUGAGGAAAUCCAAUUAAGACACCCCCUCAAAAUCGAGCGCGCAGUUCCACCUGGUCUAGAGAAAUCCUCCGUUCGAAUCUUCCCACCCACAAAUCUGACCUCUCGUGUCAUCAUGCCCCCCGUCAUCCACCCAAUCGGGAGUUUUCCGCUUCAAAUGAUCCUCUCCGGCGUCGUCGACAAGAAAACCGAUACGCAGACUCGAUGGCGCCUGAGAAAAGUCAUGUGGCGGAUAGAAGAGCAUACAAAGAUGAUCUCCUCACCUUGCUCGAAACACGGGCACAAGGUUGGCGGAGAUGGAAAGGCCCUGCAGCAUCAGGAUGAGCGGACAGUAGGAUGCGACGAAUUGAAGUCGGGUUGGAAAAGUGAUUUUGACACCCACGGCGGAGAGAUUACGCUAGAGUUCGAAGCCCGCCUAUCUCCGUCGAGAAAUCCGAUCUGUGAUGUGGACUCUCCUGCCGGGUUGGAGGUGAAGCACAACCUCGUAAUCGAGCUGAUAAUCGCGGAGGAAUUCUGUCCGAAUCGCAACACCUCGCUCAUAACUCCCACCGGUGCAGCGCGGGUUCUCCGCAUGCAAUUUGGGAUCAACAUAACUGAACGCGCGGGGAUGGGGAUAUCAUGGGACGAAGAGAUGCCACCCGUGUAUGACGACGUACCUGAAAGCCCACCCGGUUACGGGACAAGCGAUAAAACUGCCGGCGCUUUCGGUGGCGCAAUCAUGGAGGAUUAUGACGGUCCAGAGCUCGAAUACCAUGAUCUCGAGCGGCUGCACUCGGAUAACCCGCACGAGCCGCCUAAAUACCGUGAGAGGGAUCCAGCCGAGUAUGUGGAUGUUUUGGCCACUAUGAUGAGGCGAUCCGGGUCAGGGUCAAGAGCAUCGACAGCGAGUCCCGGCUUGGGUCCUUCGAGUCCUAGAUUCAAGGCACGAACCGCGUCCAGAAGCUCGAAUCAUUCUGCGCAUCCGCCCCAUUCGCAUCUACAUCAUGCGUUGGGCUUGACGGAGGAUGACUUUGGCAUUGAACCACCACAGUUCCGCAUCUCGGAGCAUGAUGAACGCCAGAGGGAUGAGACCGCUGUUGUCGACGAGGAUUUUGGCGUGGGUGAGGCGGUGGGCUGA